AUAAUGAAUGACAUAUGACAUAUAUUGGAGAGCCAGGCCAGAUGUUGACAGUGUUUGCAGUGAGAAAAAAUUUGAAAAAUAAAUAAUGGAAUUUUGAAAUAAUUCUAUACUGUAAUAUUUCUAUAAUUUUUUUUAAAGAAAUGGGUGCAUUGCUAACCACUAGACAACAUGAUGGGGUUGAAGAAAUUGAUGUCGUCUCAAAUCAUGCAUAUAAGUACCCACCUAGAUCAGGAAAUUACUUUGGAAGCCACUUCAUAAUGGGCGGAGAAAGAUUUGACACUCCACAGCCAGAAGCAUAUUUGUUUGGCGAGAAUUCAGACUUGAAUUUUCUUGGGAAUAGACCUACUCCGUUUCCUUAUCCACCCCCUCAACCUAAUGAACCUACCAAAACACUGAAGAGCUUGGUGAAUAUUAGAAAAGAAUCUCUUAGAUUUGUGAGAUCUACUAAUGAGUAUAGCAAAUUAAAUAUGGAGAAAUGUGGAUACAAAGAUGUUGAGCUGGGAACUAACACUACGUUUAACAUAGAAUUCACAUUUGACUGUGAUGUUGGAUGUGCUAUCACAAUAUAUUACUUUUGUUCAGAAGAAUUCACUUCCAAUGGAGUAUCGUAUAUUCCUCGUGAUCCAUCUCUAACUUCAGAGACAUUCCAUUACGUUCGAGGUUCUAACCAGCAAUUUUGUCAGCCAUCACAUGUUUUUAACCCAGCAAAAUACAGUGAAGAUGAAUUAUUGUAUGAUGUUGAUAGAGAACUUAUACCCAUAGCAAUACAUUGUGUGGCGGAAGAGGGACCUGAAGAAAUGCGUCAAUCACAUACUACUGUGGCUACAGUUGAAAAAAUAACAGACGGUACAUACCUCCUAAAAGCCUUGAAGCGUUACGCUGGAGGUGAUGAUGAUACAGAAGACAACGGUUCAGAAUGUGUAAUUUGUAUGUGUGAUGUUCGAGACACUCUCAUUUUGCCAUGUCGUCAUCUAUGUUUAUGCAACUCAUGUGCUGAUUCACUGCGUUAUCAAGCAAACAAUUGUCCAAUUUGUCGAGCUCCAUUCAGGGCACUUCUUCAAAUACGAGCACUACAAAAAUGCACAAAUUCAAAUUUAGCUCCAAUCAGUCCACCAGAUGGUAGUUGCGACAAUAUUCCUCCUGGAUAUGAAGCUGUUUCCCUCAUAGAGGCCUUAAAUGGUCCGUGCACUCCUCGCCAACCUCCUUCAGCUAUGCCAGAUCUUGUUGAAACUCCAGAAAAUGAACAUGCUAUUCAGGCAGCUCAAAUUCUUAACAGACAAUGCGACCGAAGCACACCAACUAAAAACCGGAACACUGAGUCACCUAGUCCAGACUAUGGAGUAUCUGUUAUGAUUGCUCCCAGGAGAGAUGAUGUCAAUAAAGAAGCGACAAAAUGUCCUUUAUUGGAAAGGGAGAAAGAUAGGAGAAGAAAUAAAGACAAUAUGAAGAUGGUGAAUGAAAAGAAAGAAGUGAAUCCAGAUGAAGAUAGUGAAUCAGAGAAACUCUCUCCCUUAUUGCAGAAAAAUCGCAGCAUCAACCGGGACGGUAAUGAUUUAGCUUUAGAUAUGGAUGAUGUUGUGGAUGCUAUUGAUGAUGGUGACACAGAUCUAGAAGAGCAGCAUCCUACAGCUGAAAAAUCAAAAACCUAUGGUGAAAGAGGGGACGAAUCAGACUAUUACACACCUGACGAACCAGUACCUUCAGCUGGUCCUUUAUAUGAUGGAACAAACAUUAGUUCAUUGGAAAGUACACCUCAGCGACUACCAGGUACUCCCUUAUCACAUGCCAGCAUUCGCAGCAGUGGAGAUAGUUAUACCAGUGGUUCUAGUACAAGGCAUCUGUUAGCAGUAGCUGGCAAUGGUAAUAUUCAAGAGAGAUCAGUGAAUGUUUAAUUUUUUUGCAAUUCGUUAACUCGAAGGGAAAGUCUGCAUCAGGUCAACUUUUUUUGUUUUUAGAAAUUGGGAAAUAAAUUAAUAUUAAAAUAUA